AUGCCUGCACCUGCCAAUCUCACUCCAGAGCAAAUAGCAAAAGCAGCCGAUCGAAAAGCAGCCAAACUCGCCAAGAAACAAGCUGUAGCUGAUGGCAGUGUAGAGUUGGGUGAUGCUCAGAAAUUGGAAAUUGAACGCAAGAAAUUCCUUAAGCGUGAAUGGCGUUUAAUAGGGAGAGAUUCCGAGGGGACACAAGUGAAGGAGCAGGGAAAGAGUAAAGCGAGGAUCGUAACUUGGAACGUUCUCGCUCAAACGCUUGUUCGCAGGGAAUUAUUUCCAGGAUCAGAUUGUUUGAGAUGGUCAGAUAGAAAAUCCAUGCUCUUAGCCGAGCUGGAACAUCAUUCCUUAUCAGAUAUCAUCUGUCUACAAGAAUGCGAUCGGGUCAAGGAAUAUUCCACUUCAUUACCUCAACAUAUACCUAUACAAGGAUCAGGUCCUGGUAAAUUACAUGGGUUGGUGAUUUUCUAUCGCAAAUCCAAGUUCUUUGUUAGAUCUCAGAAGUUAAUACACCUGGAUACGGAAGAACUGUCACCAUCAAAGGAAGAUUCCAAUGACGAUGAAGAUGGUAAAAGAAGGCGAGGUGGUAGUAGACAAACGAAGAAUGUAAGCUUAAUUGUAGCUCUAGAAGAAAUCGACGGAGGUGGAAGAGGUAUGGUGGUAGCUACCACUCAUUUAUUCUGGCAUCCAAAAUACGCAUAUGAGCGAGUCAGACAGUCAAUCAUCAUACUCAGAUCUAUACGGCAGUUCCAAAAGGAUAACGACUGUACCUCUUGGCCAUGUAUCUUUGCCGGAGACCUCAACACUCAGCCUUCCGAAGCUACAUAUCAACUGCUCGUAUCUCCACAUGCACCACUACCUCAACCGAUGAUCGAUGAAAUUACUUCUUCUCGAUUGGUGCAUGAUAGCGUGGUGAAAGUCGCUCCGCUGUCUGCGCCUUCAGAGAUACCUUCCACAACCGCAACCGGUAGUAACACACCUAUCACCAAAGACGAAGAAGAAGGUGAAGGUGAGCUACCAGUCAGUAACGAGAAGAGCAUAGCAAAUACACGAUCACCGUCAACGUCUGAUGGUAUCUUACCAGUCGACCAGUUAGUGCGAGGUAUGAGGGAACUCUUGCCUUUAGGAGGAACGCAAAGUGCCUAUGGAUCUACAAGAUGGGGAUCGAAUAACAAAGAGAGUUUCGGCAACAGAGGUGGAUUUGAUUCUAUCGAAGAUGAGAAUGUAAAUGGAAAGGAAGAACCGGCAUAUACCUGUUUCACACCUCUGUUUCGACUCACAUUAGACUACCUUUUACUCUUGCCUCCACUUGACGACUCACCUCAAGGGGAAAUCACAGCUUUGUAUACACCUCCCAAGAUCGAAGAAUUAGGAGAGGGAUUACCUAGGAAAGGUAUCUGUGCAAGUGAUCAUCUAGCUAUGGGCUGUGAGAUCUCUUGGUAG